AUGGGAAGGUAUUGUGCUCCUAGUUUGACAAUUAUUAUAGUCACAUUUCUACUAACUACUGCUCGCUCAAGUGGGAUGGAUGUCUGCACUGAUUCUUCCGAGUCAUCAGAGUACUUUUACGUACCAGGCAUGUCUGUGUUUGAAAUAGUUCUUGGUGUUGGUAUACUCAUUUUCACUGUUAUUUCCAUGUUACCACAAUUAGUCAAAAUUAUAAGACGACAAGAUGGCGAAGGGCUUUCACCGACGUACCUCCUCUUUUUAUGUUGCAAUCAAGUCUUUGCAUUUGUCAACUCCACGAUAUUCAAUUGGAGUAUAAUGAAGAGUUGUAGUGCUGUUGGUAUCAAUCGUUGUUUCCCUCCUCUACUUUCUUAUUUCCAGAUGCUUGCUUUGGUAUCACUUGAAUACCCAAUUUUUGCGUCUUUUUUAAUCUUUUACAAAGAUAAGAAAAAGCCGACAUUUUGGAGGGCACUUGCUUUCUUCGGAUUAGCGGUGGUGUUUUUGAUGGUGUGUUUGAUGAUGAUUUUGGUCAGUGAAUAUCUUAUUGGGAUGUGUGCAGAUUUCACGUAUUGGUUUGGAUACGUCUUUGGAUUUGGUUCUGCUGUAAUAACGUUUUUUGAGUACAUUCCACAGAUUUGGAGAACAUUCAGAACAAAGAGAUGCGGUUCAAUGUCGCUCACGGCAAAUUCAAUACAAACAUUCGGGUGUAUUGUCAUUACCUUUUAUAUGUUCUUCUCAACAAAACAACAUUAUACAACAUUAGUGUCUUAUAUCAUGUCAACCAUUCAACACAUCAUAUUAGUCUCCUUACAAAUCAAAUACGAUUACAUCGACCGCUAUGUCUUCACCAAAUACAAGUGCUGGAAGUGUUGUUUGAACAACACCUGGGCCGACUCCAAAACGAGGAAUGAGGCUCUUCCUUUAAAGCAAAAUGAAGAGCAGACGAAAGAAAUUGAAAUACCCAUGACCAAUGUUCCGGUGUUUGAUGACAAAGGCGAACAGAUAGAAAUGGACAACAACGACUCAAAGCAGAUCAAUAUAAAAAGUGAUACAGAAGACAGUGACGAGACUUUCAAAGGUAAUGGUGCAGUUCUUCCAGAGUAA